AAAUAGCCAAACAGAAAAGUAGCUCUUCAAUAUUAGUACCACCACAGCUGAGAGCGCGCUAGCCACCAUUGAUUGUAGAGAUUAACGCGAGAAAGGGAGAGAGUCCAUCCAGGAGUCGAUCUCUUGUGGUUUUGGAUGGUGUUCAUGUUUUCUCGCUCUUCCUUUUAAUCAUAUCCUCCCCGGCCUCCUAAAGCUUUCCGCUCACUCCCUCCCAUUUCUUUUCCGACGAAAGACGAAUGGCGAUGAUCGCCGGUGCCGGCCAACUAAUUAACUCUUUAGCUUUCCAGACUCAAUUUCAGGUUGUUGCUUCUUGUCUAUUGGAAUUGUUCUAGCAAAGUAAGAAAAGGGUUUUAAAGCUUCUCAACCAGAGCUUAAACACUUCCAAAAGCUAGCACAUUGCAGCUGAGAUUUAACUAAACAAAAGGAAAACAAAAGCUACAUUAGGGAAAGAUGGGUUUCUGGACUCUGUUUGAGGUGGCAUCCAUGCCAAUUCUGCAAGUUUUGAUAAUCAGUUUGUUGGGAGCCUACUUUUCUACAGAGUAUUGCAAUCUUCUUCCUUUAGGCGCUAGAAGAUCCUUGAAUAAGAUUGUGUUUGUGGUGUUUACGCCUUCCCUUAUGUUUGCAAGUGUUGCUGAGACUGUCACAUUUGAGGACAUCAUUUCAUGGUGGUUCAUGGUUGUCAAUGUAGCACUUACAUUUUUGUUUGGAUCGAUUCUUGGAUGGUUGGUGGUAAAGCUACUGAAACCAAAGCCUUAUCAGGAAGGCCUUGUAAUUGCUACAUGUUCAUCAGCAAACUUGGGAAACCUUCUGCUUAUACUCGUGCCUGCAAUCUGUCAUGAGGCUGGGAACCCCUUUGGCGAUCAUGAAGUUUGUAGCGCAGUUGGACUCUCGUAUGUCUCGUUUUCCAUGGCGCUUGGUGGUUUCUUCAUUUGGACUUAUACUUAUCAGCUGAUAAGAUCCUCAGCUGUGAAAUUUAAGGCACUUCAAGAAGCUGAAACUGCAGCAACGAAGAGUCCGAACAAGGACUUAGAUGCUGAUGGGGAAACUCACCUUCUCAAAGGAGGAGAUGAAGAGCAGGGUUCUAUUGUAGUCUCAUCUAAAUCGUCAGAUCACCCCCCUGCUCAGAUAGUACCUCAUGAACCAGAUGUAUCAUUCACCCGAAGAGUACUAGCAUUGUGUCAACAGAUAUUACAUGAGUUACUGGCACCACCAACUUUGGCUGCAAUCAUUGGAUUUGUCUUUGGGGCAAUUCCAUGGCUGAAAGGCUUGAUAAUUGGCGACAACGCCCCCCUCCGAGUGAUCCAAGACUCAGUUACACAACUCGGGAAUGGAACUAUUCCUUGUAUAACACUUAUUCUUGGAGGAAAUCUCAUCCAAGGCUUAAGAGCAUCGACAAUCAAAAUACCAGUCAUCCUUGGUAUCAUCAUUGUUCGAUACAUUCUACUUCCAGUAAUCGGUAUCUGGAUUGUAAAAGGAGCAGGCCAACUAGGGUUUCUCCCACCAGACCCUUUGUUCAAGUUUGUGCUGAUGGUGCAGUUCACAUUGCCACCUGCCAUGAACAUUGGUACCAUAACCCAGCUGUUUGACGUAGCCGAGGCAGAAUGCUCGGUCAUCUUCCUGUGGACAUACUUGGUAUGUGCAUUAGCACUCACUGUGUGGUCUACAGUGUACAUGUGGAUCUUGUCUUGAAUUGUGAAGGAUGGCAAAGCCUUCCCAGAAGUAGCAUGCAUGAAUACUUUUGGUUAGAGAUUUCGCACGUAGAAGCAGAAUUACAUAUUGGCUUUCUACGUCUCCAUUUCUGAUUCAAUUGGUUUGGAAGUAAAUUUUUUGUUCAGUGUGGUUUGGUUACCAGAUGUCAGAAGUAAAAUCUGAAGCCAAACAGGGUUUAGUUAAAUUGCCAUACGUCGAUGUCAAAACUAAUUGACAUCCUUAUAUGGAGUCAUGUAUGUAACCAUGUGAAAUAUUUGUUUAGUGGAUUGUUCUCUAGAA